AUGUAUGUACACCAAUUUUUGUUUGAAUCUUCAAUAAAAAAAGCACAUAAUAUUUAAAUUUAAACAAUUUAGAAAACAUUUAAUUCAAUAUAAAAGAUAUAACAUAUUUUUAGUGAAAAUGGAACGAAAAGACAAAUGUAUUACACAUUGUGAACUUGACUUUAAGCCACUGAUUCUCAACCGAAAGGUAACGUAAACAAGAAUUUAUUCUAUAAUUUAUUCCACGGUCAUAUAAGAUCUCGACACUCAUAUACCGAAGCCUAGGGAAAAUCUGGAAAUUGAGUCUCGACUAGUUAUAAAAAAUCAAUGUGGGAAACAAGAAGUUCUGUGCAUGCGUGACAUGCUAUGAAUGCCUUAAAUGGAGACAAAGACGUUCUACUUAUCUCUGUCAUUCUCGCAAGAACACGGACUUUGUUGAUCUUUCAAUGUUGAUUUUUCACGGCUAGAUACGACUCAGUUUUCGGGCGGUUUUCCCUAAUGAGUGUGCAGAUCUGUUUAUAUAAUCAUGGUUUAUCCAAUGGGACGAGUCGGAAGAGGUACAUAAAAUCUCAAAAUCUAGGGGAAACCAAAAUUCAAUUCAUAGUUUGUAACACAUAUAAAAUGGAAAGCUAUUUUACCAAACAUUAAUUCCCCAAUGUAUAUAUCUCUCUAAGAUGUUAACUGUAAUAACCUGCAAAGAAGCUAUGCAACGAUAUUGUAGAACGUACUAUGAUAAAUCGUAGUAUAACUUGAUUUUUACUUGGUCAAGCAGUACAGUAAUGUUCCGUUAAUUGUUCAAGUGAAUGGAACCUUAUAUGUGCAGUUAUGGAAAGAAAUACAUUUCUAAGAAAUCCCAAGUAUUUCUCCCUUUAUUUAGAUAGUAAAAAUUCGCUCCACAAAAGGAAUUUAAAAAACUAGUAAGUAUAACGAUGGCCACUUAAAGGAACAAGAAGCCAGUUAAUUUGUCAUUAGAUAUUACCGAUUUUCGUUCAGUAACUCUCGAAAUAUCGUAAGGGAGGAAUUCUGCAAACUGAGAACCACUGGUACCAGAUCGUAUCGGCUAAAACAGGUGCACCAUAAGAAAGUGACCAAUCGGAAUGGCGAUGCCUAGCUCGUCAUACGGAUGUAUGAGAUAGUCGUCAAUGGACGUCAGUAGAACGAGUGGGGCAGGGGAGGAAAAUACGAAGCAGCGAGGGUUGUCAAGAGUCAAGACUCAAGACUCAAGACUCAAGACACCUCGCCCACAAAAACCAGAUGCCAGAUGCAGAUGCGACUGGGCGGUGAACACGUGCGACGCUUUUUUGUCACGGUCGCGUGAACACGCGGUGCAAUGUUCAAAAAGUUGUCGCGAAGCGACGCUCUUGAGGACAUAUCGAAUUGGAGCACCAAUGAUGUGUUGUGCCUACUUCGAAAGAAUGGGCUGCAGGAGUGCUGUAAAGCCAUCACAAAACGGCAGGUCGAUGGCGACGAGCUGCUGCACUUGACGGAAGGGAAGCUGGCGUUGUGGAAGAGUGAUCUCACGCGUCCAUUGAUAUGGAGUCUCUGGACAUUCGUGGAGGAAGUAAAGAAGACACCUGAAAAAUUCGUAGAAGAAAAGAUACUCGAGAUUCAAUCGAACGAGGACCCCUUAAGCGACACCGGAUCCUGGGGAACCGAUUUCGAAGACGAAGCAAACGAGGAAAAUACCUUAGCAGAAACUCAGAAAGUUUCUCGAUCAAAUUAUGGAGCCAAAAGUAACAACCAUAAAGAAAAUAACGCGGACCUUAAACAAGAAGAUGUCCGAGCAAAGGAAGCAAGGUCUAGGCAAGGGGAAGAAGGAACUUACGCCAAUUGUGGUCCCAUGCAGAAUGACGAGAGCACGUAUGCAAAUUGUCAGGAGACAAGCACUGUGCCAUUAAAGAAUACGUCCAGAUUGCAUAGCCAAAUGGAAAAGUCUCUGGCCGAGCAACUUAAAGAACAAUUAGAAUUUAGAAAUACCAAAAAGCCAAUGGCGGUACCGAAGUCUGAAGCAUUGAAAGGAAAAAAUGUGGAGGUCUCGGUUCUGAAUGUUACUCAACCCCGGAAAUCGUUUCUGCAUAAUGCGUCGAAAACCAGGACGAACAACUCUAAUCAGAAAAGAAUGACAGUUCCACCGCCACCACAGCCAAAAAAGAACAAAGACCAAACGAUCGUUGAAAAAUCGAGCAAAGAUCAAACAAAGCCUCCUGCAACGCUUAGGAACCUCGAUCUGGUUGCGAAUUUGCCUACAAGAACGGAAGAGAGCGAAGACGAGUAUGAAGCGUUUGAUGAACAAAUAAUCGAACAAAAUCAAAAGAAGAACAUGUUGAAGGUGGACAGUAAGCAAUCGUUGAGCAGCGGUCAUCAAAGUUCCGCGGAGAGUGUUUAUCAACCACCAAGUAUUACGAGCUACGAGGAAGAAGAAGAACAUUACGAGAUUUAUGAAUCGAUUACGGAAACAUCAGAUGAUAAUGGGUACUAUUUAAAUCCCAUUCAAAGGCCGAUAAAUACAAAAUCACCCCCGCCAUUACCAGCAAAACCUCCCCAGUCAUCAACUACCCCCUCUCCAACUCCAACUCCAAGUCGAACAGAUCUGGACAAACUAAAGGAGAGAUCUCCUGAGAAGAAAUCGGCCACAUUGCCUCAUUCUCAUAGCAAUACUUCUUUGUCAUCGGAAAGGGCUACGAGACCACUACCUCCACCGCCUGAGAGACAAUCAUACGUUGAUAAGCCUUGGUUCCACAAUGUUACCAGAGAACAAGCAACAAGUCUUAUCAAAGAACAAAGUACUUACAGUAAUCCUCAAGACGGAUACUUUCUCCUGAGACCGUCUACGACAAAAGUGAAUAAUCCUUUGGCUUUGGUGCUCUGGUACAAGGAUAGGGUGUAUAACGUUCCAGUCAGGAAGAGACCUGACAAUAGGUACGCAUUAGGAUCAGCAAAAGUAAAUGAGAAAUCGUUUUCGAAUGUCGAGGAAAUCGUAAUGUUUUACACGCGAGAGGAACUUGUGCUUCAUAGCGGUGGCGUGGAAAUGGGGAGCACGAAAUUAACAGAUACUCCGCCUAAAUAAGCCUUUGAAUGCUCUCACAUACCAGCUUAUGCAAUACAAACACUGCCCAAAUAAGAAUUUUAAAAGGAAUUAAAGAUCAGACACGAUGGUUUUGCGUGUAUAAUAUUUAUUCAACAAGUGCCUUUUGUA